AUGUUUGAAAAGAAUGAAUAUUGGGAGCUAUCAAAAAGGGACUCACUAGUAUGUAUCAAUAUACGUCCCGUUGUCACGUCAAUUCAGGUUCUAGAUUCCCCAAAAAUGAGCGAACACUAUUCUCCACCAACCUACAUCACAGUCAUGGGGGACGAAAAAAAGUCACGUGUCGGAUCCACCGAGUCAACUGCUCCCAUUUACAUCUCUUGGACCCAGGGGCAAGCUCGAGUAUUACUCAUACCUCAACCUGGUGAUGAUUCUCGAGAUCCACUCAACUGGCCAUUUGCUAAGAAGGGUCGCAUUCUCGCGGUCGGUUGUAUCGCAUCCUUCUCCGCACUUGCAGCACCUCUUGCCGACCAAAUCAACCUUGUUCAACAGUCCAAGAUCUAUCACAAAAAGCCAAGCGAAACUUGCGGCUGGUGGACUCGUAAUGACCCCACUGGCUUGGAGGCGACUAAGAUGACUAAGUUGACCGACUACAGAGGCUACCUUGCUUCGCGAUUUGUAGCAGGCUUUUUCGGUACUGUGACUAUCCAAGCUUUCACAGCUUUUUACAUUGCCCUUGACUUUGGAUUUAUACUCAGUCCUACAUUUGCAGGAUUCGUUGCAGCAAAUGCUGACUGGCCCGUUGAAUAUUGGUGGAGUAUUGCCAUGGUCGCCUUUUCUGCUCUUUUGGUGCUGCUUAUUCUGGAAGAGACGAAGUUCAAUCGCGCAAGUCCAGAUCCUGUAUCCUAUGCAACAUGUUAUCAUACAACGUAA